CUGAGUGGACCGCAGAGAAACCGCUUCUGUGCAUGCCAAAUGGAGAGAGAGGGAGACAGGGAAAUGUCAAUAGGGAGGGGGACUUACAAGGAGAGAGUGAAGCAUUAUCACUGAGAGAUUAGAGCAGUGUGAAUGAAGCUCACUCCGAGUGUGCGCAGGCGAGAGAGGAUCAGACAGGACUGUGCAGGAGAAGAGCAGAUUAGUCCUGCCUGCUGCAGCAGGGCACGGGGGACAUGCCACCUGCACCCUUCAGGCACCCAUCAGCACAGCUGCCCUGCAUGCAGACAUGUGGCGGAGGCCAGAGGGGAUGUUCCUAAGUCACUGGUUUAGGGAUUUUCUCUGUUUGGGGCAGCUACUAGAAUGGCCGCUUUUGCUGAAGACUGGUGGGUAGAGUGGCACUCUGACUCCUAACUCUGUCUUUUGAAAAGAAAAAAAAAAAAUACCCCAAAAAAAGUGCUUCUGCUUCUCACCUUCUCAGUUGUGAUAAUGGGACACAUUUGCCAUUGGAUGGAUUGAUCCUGAUCAUUAAGUUUAGGGGUAAACCCCUCUACCUGCCAGUUGUAUCCCUCCCCAUCCCUGCCCCCUAAACUUGUGCACCCACCUGCGCCAUGAGACGGUCAAGUACGGAUGAAUCUACUUACCAUCGCAGUCCAUCCCUGGACAGCAAAGACUACUCACUUCCCCAGGGGGGUGCCUUCCGACGUUAUAGCAGCCUCUACGGGGGGCAGUUUGGGGCAUCUGGAGGUGGCUCUUUUUUCGGGUUUCACACUAACCCUGGUCCGAAAGCUACAAAAUCAAAGUAUACAUCCCCUAAGGGCAACAAGUACGUGGUGUUUUACCUGGAUCUCUCCUUCAUUUUCCUCCUAGAGCUGAAGAGGUGCAGGAUGGCACAGAACUGCCUGCAGUGUAUGAAAUAUCUCAUGUUUGUCUUCAACCUCCUUUUUUGGCUUGGAGGAUGUGGGAUCCUUGGAGUCGGUAUCUGGUUGGCUGUCACGCAGGGGAACUUUGCCACGCUCUCCUCCUCUUUCCCUUCACUGUCUGCUGCCAACUUGUUAAUAGCUACAGGAACUAUCGUGAUGAUCGUGGGAUUCCUGGGCUGCAUCGGUGCUAUAAAAGAGAACAAAUACCUACUGCUGAGCUUCUUCAUCGUGCUGUUGAUCAUCUUCUUACUGGAGUUCAUUGUUGUUACUCUCUUCUUCAUCUACACAGAUAAGAUUGAUAGGUAUGCACAACAAGAUUUGAAGAAGGGUCUUCACUUGUACGGAACCGAGGGAAACAUAGGCCUCACUAAUGCUUGGAGCAUCAUUCAGACUGACUUCCGAUGCUGUGGAGUAGCAAACUACACAGACUGGUUUGAGGUAUAUAACACGAGUCGGGUCCCGGAUUCCUGUUGCCUGGAGUUCAGUGAGAACUGUGGACUACACUCUCCUGGGACAUGGUGGAAAGCACCUUGUUAUGAAACCGUGAAGAUCUGGCUCCAUGAGAAUCUUCUGGCGGUCGGGAUCUUUGGACUCUGCACAGCUCUUGUACAGAUCCUUGGACUUACAUUUGCCAUGACUAUGUACUGCCAGAUGGCAAAAACCGAUACAUACUACGCCUGAGAUAUCCAGCCCGUCAGCUCCCUGCUCUCAUCACUGAGACAUACCCGGGAGGAACCUAUGAGGUUUUUAAAGCAGAUCUUCCUUAGUUCUGUUCUUCCUCUUUUGAAACCACCACAUACAGCCUCGAAACGUACAAGAGCCCUCUGAAACAUCACAACUUUCUCCAGGUAUGGAGGAUAGACAGUGGGUGGGAAAUUGAGAAGUCUACAAGACAGGCCCUGAAACGAACAGUGCCACAUGGUCUGCAGAAGCCAAGACUCCAGGGAGGGUCCUAUGUGCUCUUUUUUUUUUUUUGGGGGGGGGGGGGGAGAGAGCAGUGGGUUUUCUAAUGUUCACCACAUGAUCAAUGGAAGCACAUCUUUACUUGUUCUCUCCAACCAAUACUGUAUUAUACAAGAACUGUACUGCCUCUAGUGCUUACCUUUUGGUUGAGUUGUUUAAACAUAAUUACAAAAGCCUAACAUUCUACCUGCUGUAUUACUGGAAUAUACAGUAAUACUGACUAUGGGUCUAUAUUCAGAAGGUAUCAGUAUGUGAUCAUAUACCAUCAAAUGCAGCCUAUGUAUACAGAGAUUGGUUGGGGAAAAGGCCUUGUCUAUGAAAAUGUGUCCUUAAACGACAACCUGAUAAUAUACCACUGAAGUGAACAUCCUUCGAUAACUUUUAAGCUGCCAACUAGUCAAGCUAAAGUCAAUGCCACCUGGCUUUCAGUACAUUGUGAAAAAAAUGUAGGUUUCAAAUCCCAGAAUGCACUUCUGCAUUGUGUAAACUGUAGUAUAUGUGGAGUCUAUCAUUGGUUUCAGGUUUUGGCUUUUAAGACUACUUUUCUUUGGAGCCAUGUCACCAUAUGUGGUUUCUCUGCUCAGCAUAAUGCUUACAGGUCAGGUGGACAAUAUUUUGUUCCCUACAUCUGAAUGUAUAGUACUUGAGUCGUCUUUACAUGCAGCUUCUGUAACUCCACAUCUUGUCAUAAAAUAGUUAAACUAUGCAGAAACAUGCAUGGAAAUCUACAUUGAGGAUACUUAUUUCUGUAUGACCCAGUAGAGGAGCUAGUUGGCUGGACUAUGCCAUCUUCCGCUAACCUCCUUUACAGGCCUAAUGUGUUUUUCACUCUGUAUUAUAAUUUUUAUUUAUUUUUUUAGAUUUUUUUUCCAGUCUGAAAUUAUCUGUCAAUGUUAUAGGCAGGGAUUACCAAUCACAUAUUUUUAGGACUAGAAAAAGCAUUUCUGCCCAUUACAGGCAUGAUUAAAGUCAGUGAGACGUCACCCUGGGAGGCUGCCGGGUUAAUGUGUAUAUAGAAACAAUGUCUAUCAAAAAAAAAAAAAAAAAAAACAUCUGUAUAGAGAGUGUUACAGUGAAAAGACUAUGCAUUUCGAUGCUGAAACUCUUCCGAAGUGUCUGCCAAGCAUAGCUCUAAAGCAUUUUCAGAGCCUUUACACUUCAUGCCACCUCUCCCAGUAGGAUACCUGGAAGUGACACCAGACAACACUAUCCAAAAACAUAAAGGCAGCUACUGAGAUUUUCCUCCUUCUCAAUGUUUCCAUUCAUACUAAAGCACUUAUGGUUCAGUUUAUAUGAAGGCACAACCCUGCCUCAGCCCCGAGGGGUAAGGCUUAAGUUGGACAUCAUUCCCUUCACCCACAUUGUAGGUUCAAUGAUGACUGCUUCCUGUAAGAUCCCUGCAGAGUUUCUCACUAUGUUUCCCUAUUUUCAGUGUAUAUACAUAAUUUAUGCAAGAAGUAUAGUGAAAAUUUGUUCUAAUAAAAAUGUUUAUCAGAUGCUGUGUGUGUGUAUAUUGAGUACAUGGACAAACUACAUCUCCGGCCAUUGCAGAGCUAAUGACAUCAUGUGUGGAUUGAUAUCUACAGGGAAAUUACUCAUAGCACUCCCUAUAUGUCUCCAAUAUAACUCUACAAAUUUACCAGUCUUUAUGAAGCAGCUGUGUAAGGGCUCAUGCAGGGUCGUAUUAUGGCGCAAUUUUUAAUGUAGCUGUAAUAGGACUUUGAAUGAGGUGCAUGUUGUGAGAACACUCAGCUCUGACAUGUGUAUGAGCCAUACAGCUGACCACACUCCUGCUAAACUCCAUGAAUGACUACUACACUACUCUAUGUAGCACUACUCAUGUAUAAAGCCUUGUCACAAUGCCCUGGCAGUAAGUCACAUGCCUUGACAUAUUUCAGGUAAGUUGCUGUUUAGCAUAUAAAGCGAUAUCCACACAUUUAUAGCAGCUGCCACCGCAUAAGUGGCUGGCCUAGGGACAAAAGUAAAAUUGACAUAUCGCUAUACCAGCACUGUGGCCCUUCAAUAUCUAGAUAGGUUGGGGUACCAGAGGAUGGAGUCCCAUCGAUCAUAAAAUUAUGAAAUAUCCUAGUGAAACAGUCUAGAACAGGGCAUCUCACAGUUUCUCUGCUCAGGCCUCACUUGCCAAUCCAUGGUGGUACUGGGGUCUUUAAAAGCAAACAAAUACUGUAGUGCAGUGCCAAAUAUCACAAUGCAGCAUCCACAUUAUUCCAAAGAGCACCAUCCAAAUACUAAAGUGCAUAAAGAAAAAAAUACCUCCAAUGUGGCGCCAAAAACCACAGUGUAGCACAGAAUCUCCUGUCUCCAACAGGGCCAAGUUAUUACAACAGUGCAGCAAAAAAUACCUCUCCAGCAGCACUAAAUACCACAGUACACCAUUACUGGUAGAAGUGAACUGGAUCAGUUUCUUUGUAAUGCAUAUACAUAAAAAAACUGCAAAGUAAAAACUGGAAGUGAAGAAAGAUAGGAGAGCUGUCCUACCUCAUCUGCAGCUCACCUGUAGUCUCCUGCACUCUCUAGACCAGGCAUAGGCAACCAUCGGCACUGCAGAUGUUUUGGACUACCAUCUCCCAUCAUGCUUUGGUAGUAUUUUGGCUUUAAGAGCAUCACGGGAGAUGUAGUCCAAAACAUUUGCAGUGCCGAAGGUUACCUAUGCCUGCUCUAGACUUUGCUGCGCUUCCCUUAGGUGCGGGACCUGCUCACUCAUGGUUAUGUGCCCAUGAUGUCAUCAAAUGUUUGUGACGCCAUCAAUGAUUUCAUCCUCUUGAAGUAAACAUUGAAGGUUCUGAUUGAAUGACAGCAAGGAGGUACCACUCUAUGUGGGGGAAAUACAAAAUGUGAGUGGGGAAAUUACAUCACUUUUCAUUAUACAACUAAUAAACUUUAUUUCCUACAACUGUC